UCUUCAACCAGGGCCAGGGGACCAGGAAUCCUAGAGCCUUUCCUUUUUUGUGAAGGGGCUUUUUAAUUCUGUGUUCCCUUCCCUUCCCAUCAUCCAUAUCCAAUUCCUCCUCCUCUUCCUUUGCUUUUCGGAUUUCAUUCUCCAACAAAAUACUGAUCCUUCCAAUUCCUUCCUCUUUUCACAAAUCAUCAACGAUUGAAGCUAAGGAUUUGAUUCAUUGAAAGGGAGAAAUGGCGGAAGAGCACCGACAACAGGCACCGAAACUAUGCGCCAACAACUGCGGCUUCUUUGGGAACCCAGCGACGGAAAACCUCUGUUCUAAAUGCUGUCGCGAUAUCCAGCUAAAGGAGCAACAAUCUUCCAACGCCAAGCUCGCCUUUAAUCAAACCUUCGUCUCCGCUUCAACCUCAACAUCGCCUGCCUCCGAACCAGCCGUUGAUCCGCCUCAAGUUGCUGUGAACCAGACGGUGUCGGUGGUGGUGAAGGAGAAUGGGGCGGCUGCGACGAAGCGGGCGAACCGAUGCACAACGUGCCGGCGGCGGGUGGGACUGACGGGGUUCAAGUGCAGGUGCGAGAUGGUCUUCUGUGGGACCCACAGGUACCCGGAGCAGCACGCCUGCGACUUCGACUUCAAGGGCAUGGGACGGGAACAGAUUGCACAAGCGAAUCCCCUAAUCAAGGCCGAGAAGCUUGAAAAGAUAUGAUAAAUUGGUAAUGUGUGCUUGAUCUGAAAUUAAAGAGAGCUCGUGUUUCUUUCUGAAUUGUGUAUUAAAGUGAAGUCAAUUCGAUGGGAAGGCCCGUCCGUCCGUCCGGCCGAUAGUGCGGCCUUCAGGAGGUAGGUUGGGGGUUUGGUGGGUGUAUUGUUAAAUUUGUUAUGUAAUGUAAUGAAUUCUAUGGUAUUCAAUGUCGAUGGUUUCAAUUAUGUUUUAUCAUAUUUGAUUAUAUUAUUAUUAUGGUAGUAUAAUUUUA